CCUUUCCCAUAGCAAGCCCAACGAUUCCAUUGCUAUACACUAUUGAUUCAUUCGAUACAUCAAUCUAUGGAAACGUGUCGGCGCCACUGUAUGAACCGUCCACUCAGGACUCAAUUAGCUCCGCGUGUUUCUUUUGUACGACAGUAGACGCUGGUUUUUAUUACAUUUGAAUUGCGUCAACACGACAUAUUGUUGAAGUCAACCUGAUCAGUGCUUUGUUAAAGAUUUGUCUGCGCGAGUAUUUAGGAAUUGUGUUGAGUCUGGUGUUCCAUACAUACAAGCUUCUCACUACACAGACUGCUCCCAGUAAACGUUGCCCUGUCGGAGUCAAGUGUGGGCCUCUGUGAUACGAUCAAACACCGCGUUUAGUGGACUUAGGUGGACUACGAUACCUUCCAGGAUGAAUCUGAAUGGAUACUGCGUCUUCAGCCUGGUCCUGGCGUGGAUUGUUGCAGCUGAGAGCAAAGGAAAGGUCACGUGUUUCCGGAAAGUCAAGGCCAACGGGAAGUGUGCAGGGCUGGUCCGGAAAGGCUCGUUCGAGACCUCAGCCUCCUGUUGUCAGAAGUGGGAUGGAUAUGCCCUCAGGAAGCAAAAAGUGGGCAAGAACCGGUUUAAGUGUACUCCGUGUGUUGGUAAAACACACAGGGAAAGCAAGCGCCAGAAGAAGAAGCUGCAGAAAUUACGGAAAGAGAAACAUCCCAAGAAGGAGAGGAAGGUAAAGCCCACAGUGGAGACGCAGACUGCUGAGCCGGUCGUCGUCGUCAAACCCAAAGAGUCGUGGUAUGAACCGUCCAAGAGAACAGAUGUAUCGUACUCCUACUCAGACCCGGAGAGGGAGAAGAUUCGCUGGGGCCCGUGGAGUCCGUGCAGCGUCACGUGCGGAGCAGGUUGGAGGUCAAGGUUCAAGGUCUGUGAUGACUGCGACAGGAACGACUACGAGAACGUCCAGUCCCAGCCAUGUAUGGUCAACUUCUACUGUCCAGUCGAUGGUAAUUGGGGACCAUGGUUUCCAUGGCAGCCUUGCUCACUAUCCUGUGACCGGGGUUUCCGGAUCCGUCAGAGAAAAUGUAACUACCCUCCUCCUGCGUAUGGGGGACUCGUCUGUCCAGGACAAGCGGAGAACAACCAGACUUGCAAUGAACAACCAUGCCCGGUUGACGGUAGCUGGGGUGCCUGGUCGGAGUUCUCGCUGUGCAGCACCACGUGCGGGCAGGGGGUCAAGCGGAAGACGCGCGCCUGCAACUCCCCUGCCCCCAGUCACGGGGGAAAGAACUGUGUCGGCCCAGCCAACAGCAACAAAAAGUGCCAAAAAGUCAGAUGCCCACAGGACGGAGGCUGGUCCCUGUGGGGGUCCUGGUCCAAGUGCGCCGUGACUUGUGGACAGGGAACACGGCAGCGGACCAGGUCAUGUGACAGCCCACGUCCCCUGUACGGGGGGAAGGACUGUGUGGGGAAGCUGAAGGAAACUCUCAUGUGCUAUGGAGGGAGGCCGUGCCCAGUUGACGGAGGAUGGUCUGAGUGGACAAACUUCGGCUUCUGUCGAGCUGAGAGGUGCGAGAAAGGAUUCCAGGUUCGCUCCCGGGGUUGCAAUGAGCCGAAACCAGUGCACGGUGGCAGGCCAUGUGACGGAGACCAGUAUGAACGAAUCGAAUGCUUCAAUGACCAAGGCUGCCCACGGAAUGGUUCCUGGUGCGAGUGGAGUCCGUGGUCCAAGUGUACGGCAACGUGUAAGCUGGAGGCCGCCCUCAGGGUGAGACAGAGGGAGUGCAAGUGCCCUGCCCCCAGGAGCGGGGGUGCCGUGUGUGACGGUGAAGGCAUAACUGUGAAGACGUGUGAUGACCUGCCGCCCUGUAAACUACCACUGCCCUCCAGGAGGUCGGACACAAACGCAGGAGGAGAUCUGGAGGGGGAAGGCUCGGGUGACGGGGAGGAGGCAGAUGAAGAGGAACAGGUGCGUGAUGACAGGACGGCAGUGACAACAGUGACGACUACCCCGACCACACGGUCAUGGAGGCUAACUAACAAGCGUGCGAGUAGGGGCAGCAAGGGAGGCGUUGAUGAUUGCCCCCAGCAGUUGAAGACUAAAACAAGUCCAUCCAUAUCCCUUUCGCUUACAUCGUCAUUUCCAGUUGGAUACUAGUCUGUCCAAAAUGUUGCCCGUUUUAGGCGUUGGACUACAGUGACAUAUUUUGUUCAUUUGUAAGUUGCAUGUAAAAUAGUCAAUGUGUAGGAGGAUGGAGCUACUGCCUAGUACAAGAUAAAUAUUGUGCCUUUCCAGUGUAACAAGACUGUAGGUUUUGUAUUUUACAUAUUUAGCCGUGUAGUAAGGAGUGCUUGGAUAGCUACGGUGUUUCCACUGAUUCAACAAUUGUCUUAAUGUAAGGAGAAAAGUGUAUCACUCUCUUCUGUAUAUCAUUCCACGAAUUGAAGUUCACAGUUCCGUUUUAAAAAUAUAAACCUGUUCACAUAAAGUGCUUUCACCCCAUUACAAAAUGACAGUGAAUUUAUAAACAAAGCAGCUCAAAUUCCACGAUAUCAUCUGUCUCAUAGAAGUUUUCAUAUUAAAAUUUAUCACAUCAGUU